UGGCCGGGGGCGGCGCCGAGGCCGCCCGCUGGCCGGGAAGGGCGGUAGCGGGAGAGGCGCGAUGGAGGGCGCCGGGGACCAGCCCAGGAGCGGGGCCUCCGCCGCCAGCUCCGAGCAGAUCAUGAAGACCGGGGCCUUGCUGCUGCAGGGGUUCAUCCGGGACCGGGUGGCGCAGGUGGAGGGGGGCUCGGACCUCACCCCGGAGCAGCUGGGGGGCUCCGAGCUGCCGCCCCCCGACGCCUCCACCAAACGGCUCAGCGAAUGCCUGCGCAGGAUCGGGGAUGAACUGGACAGUAACAUGGAGCUGCAGAGAAUGAUUGAAUCGGUGGACACCAACUCCCCCCGCGACGUCUUCUUCCGAGUGGCAGCUGAGAUGUUCGCUGAUGGCACCUUCAACUGGGGCCGUGUGGUCGCCCUGUUCUACUUUGCCUGCAAACUUGUGCUCAAGGCCCUGUGUACCAAGGUGCCGGAGCUGAUCCGCACAAUCGUGGGCUGGACCCUCGACUUCUUGCGUGAGAGACUGCUGGGCUGGAUCCAGGCCCAGGGAGGCUGGGACGGUCUCCUCUCCUACUUCGGCACACCCACCUGGCAGACCCUCACCAUCUUCGCCGCUGGGGUCCUCACUGCGUCCCUCACCAUCUGGAAGAUGUCCUAGGGGCUGAGGGGGGGGAGGGGAGAGAGACCCUUCCCUGCCCCCCCCCCCCCUCCUCUGGGGCCCUGGGUGAUCUCAGAUUUGGGGGAUCUUUUCCAUGAACUGUUUUUGGGGGGAUUUUUUUUGCUUUUAUGAUAAAUUAUGACUUUGGGGGGGGGGGGUGGGUUUGUUACUUUUUUAAUUACGGGGGUGCGAGCCAGCUGCCUUGCUCUGAAUGCUAGGGGAGGGCGAGGAGGGUAAAGCCAAGAUCAUCAUUACUUCCUACUGAAUCUCCCC